AUGCAAAAAAAUAAAAAAUUACAGUUCAUCCAUAUUAUUUUCUUUAUACUACAAGAAUCUGAAACUUCAGAUUACGUGGACAGCUUUCCAUCGCGCUAUUCAUUUGAAAGUGAAAAACCAUCUGAUUGUACGGGUCGAUGUGUUUUAUUGCUUUUAAUUCUCCUUAUAUUUGUAUUUGCUAUCAUUUUGGCAUUUUUUAUUGGACGUUGGUUUGCUAACAAUCAAUUCCAAAAAGUCAGUCAAAAUCACACCACAAAGCAGAAUGGAGGAUCCGAAAAUUUGACGUUAUUUGACGUUUAUCCACCAAGUUAUACGGGUAGAAUUCAAGAAACUUUUCAUUUCACUGGAAAAGCUCGUCUAAAAAGGAUUUCAGAUACUCUUUUGAUACCAUUACCUAGAAAUGUUAUUCCUGUCCACUAUAAUCUUCAGCUGGAUUUCUCGAAAUUUCCACAAGAAGAAAGAAUAACUGGUACCGUUACGGUUUUACUCGAAUCAUAUACUAAUUUAUCUUCGAAAGAUAUUUUUUUCCAUGCUAGUCCAAGUAUAUAUAUAGAGCGGAUCAAACUUUACCAUCGAGGUCCAUGGUACAUUUCAUUCCACUUCAAAUUAUAUGAUCGAAUUUUGAAUGAUACUGCACAAGGACAACUUAUAAGCUUCAUGACAAGAUUUGAGCCGACUUUAGCGCGAACUUUCUUUCCUUGUUGGGAUGAACCUUCAUUUAAAGCUUCUUUUAAUAUUUCAAUAAUUCAUCAAAAUAGCAUAACAGUUUUAACUAAUACUGCGCCAUAUCAACAAGCAGUUCACAGUCAUUUAACAGCUAUAAUGACGAAAUUCCUUAAAACGCCACCAAUGUCAACCUAUCUUUUGGCCUUUGCAGUCGGUCCAUUAACAUCAAUUGAAAUGCAAAUAAAAGGAUUUCCGCUAUCGAUAUGGACACUGCCAGAGGAUAUUUCAUAUGCUAAAUUUGCAGCUGAAUUUGCACCAAAAAUAUUCAGUCGCAUUCAAGAAAAGUUUCAAAUAUCCUACCCGUUGUCGAAAAUGGACUUCGUAGCUGCUCGAUCAUUUCCAGUCGGUGGAAUGGAAAACUGGGGUCUGAUUAUUUUUCAUAACAAAAUGAUUCUCCUCGACUCAUUCUUUGAAGAUUACGCCAAUAUGACAGUUGACGUUUUGGCUGCACAAUACAACAUCAAAAAAGUCAUAACACAUGAAAUGAUUCAUCAAUGGUUUGGAAAUCUUGUAACGAUGAAUAAUUGGUCAGAAAUUUGGCUUAAUGAAGCAUUUGCCACGUUCUUUGUCGACCAUUUUCUUGUGAAUGACCAUCCGCAAUUAACUGUUAACGAUUAUUAUUUACAAUUGACACAGUUUCUAACUAAACAGUCAACUAAUGAAAAAUUUGCACUUAUCCGUGAAAUGAAGACAGAAUCGGAUAUUGAACGAGCUUUCGAUCGUUUUCACCUUUAUACUAAAGGCAAUGCUAUCGUCAAUAUGAUCAAAGAAUUGGUCUCGAGUACAAAUUUUCUAAAGGGUGUAAGAAGGUAUUUAACAAAUAAUGCUUACAAAUGCGUUAGUAGGAAAGAACUUUGGGAAUCAUUAACAACUUAUGCUUUUCAUGGCACUCAAAAUGAAAUUCUGCAGCAAAUUAUUGAGCCAUGGCUCAUAAACGAGGGUAUUCCUGAAGUUAUUGCUAGUCGUGAUUAUGAGAAUGGUAUUCUACAAAUUACUCAAAGAACGUCUGACCAGAAUUUAUAUUUCCUAUUUUUGAACGAUCUCGAUCCAAAUUAUAAAUUAUAUCGAAAGAGAAAUGAACCUAGAUUAAAGCGUUUCGUAAAAAAUGAUAAAAUUAAAAAAAUAUGGAUUCAUAAUGAAUCAACUGCAUUAAGCCUUAACGAAUUAUCAAGAACGGCGCCACUUUUAGCAAACCCAGGAUGGAUAUAUCCAUAUCGAGUAAAUUACGACAUAAUAAAUUGGAAGAUGCUAGCUGAAAUGCUCCACAAUGAUCCAACAGCAGUUCCAACCAAAUCUCGCAUGCAGUUGAUUGUCGACGCUGAAUUUUAUUUAUUAUAUUCGGGAGUACCUGAGAUUUAUUUGCAUAUUUUGAGAUAUAUGGUCAAAGAAACUGAUGUAGGAGUAUUGUUAAUUGGUGUAGACGCAUUAUAUCGCCUUGUUGACACUUUCCGAGGUACAAAAAUCAAUGAUUUAUUGCUGGUGUACAUCCAUGAGAUUGUGGAACAAGUUGACAAAAUCCUGGAUGAUUCAAAAAAAAAUCCAGAACUAGCUGCUGCUUGGUUGUUAGAUGCGAAUAGACUUGUACAACUUUAUAAACUUCGUUGUGCAGCAGGAUUAUCAACAUGUGAAAAAGAUAUUUACGGAUUUUCUAUGGGAAGAGUUCCACAACUGACUGCUGUUUGUCAUCACUUGUUCGUUUCCAGUGGGCAGCACGAAUUGGGCUUGGUACUUAAUGGCUUGAAAACAGUUAGUUCCAAAUGGUCGGAUGAACUUCAGCUAGCCACUUGCGUUCAAAAUAUUGAUGUGCUUAAAAAGGCAGUCAAUCGAAUCGUUUCAACAAAAAAUGCUGUCAUAUAUAUUUCUGUCCUGCAGAAUGAAUAUGCUUUGCAUUAUAAUGAAAAAUUUCGCGAAUUACUGUGGGAUGAACUUGGAAAAUUAUCGUUGUUGGAGAAGAAACUAUUGUUUUCGGUUGAAUCUUUGGAUGCUUCGGAAGUAGCCAAAGUUCUUAUUCAUUCUGUUCGUUCCAAUCGUGAAUUGAAAUUUCUAUUGAAAAUCCUAACUAAUUGGGGAAAAACCAUGUCAAUACAAUUGGAGUACGUUAGACGGAAAUUGGCAUGGAUAGAUAUUAUAGCUAUACCAAGGUUAGAGCAGUUUUUGCUAGGAAAAAAGCUUGCUUGA